AAGCAACAAGGCCAGUGUCACGUCUCAGACACUUAAACCUUCACGCUAUACGUAGCUCCUACAUACACAAUCUCCCCUUUGCGCGCAUACUCAGCGUACCUGCAAGAAUCCUCCACCCUCGACCUCGCCAACCAUGGCGACAAAUCCGAAUGCGAUCAACGUAAACGACCCGACGCUGAUUACGCUCGUAAACAAGCUACAAGAUGUCUUCACUACUGUCGGCGUCCAAAACCCCAUAGACCUGCCCCAGAUUGCUGUCGUAGGAUCGCAGUCCAGCGGAAAGAGUUCCGUGUUAGAGAAUAUUGUCGGGAGAGACUUUUUGCCUCGAGGAACCGGUAUCGUUACGCGGCGACCGCUUAUUCUCCAACUCAUCAACCGCGCAGCGUCGCAACCAAACGGUGCUCCGGCCGAAGGAGCCAAGACAACGGAUCAAGAGAACAAUGCUGACGAGUGGGGCGAGUUUCUGCACAUUCCCGGUCAGAAGUUCUUCGACUUUGGCAAGAUUAGAGAUGAGAUUGUGAGGGAGACAGAGUCGAAGACUGGGCGCAAUGCCGGUAUCUCGCCAGCACCCAUCAACCUGCGGAUAUACUCGCCAAAUGUCCUCACCCUCACACUGGUCGAUUUGCCGGGUCUGACAAAGGUGCCUGUUGGUGAUCAGCCAAGGGAUAUUGAGCGUCAGAUCAGGGAGAUGGUCCUCAAGCAAAUCAGCAAGCCAAAUGCUAUCAUUCUGGCUGUCACUGCCGCGAACACCGAUUUGGCCAACUCAGACGGUCUGAAGUUGGCCCGAGAAGUUGACCCAGAAGGUCAACGGACAAUCGGUGUCUUGACCAAGGUCGACCUGAUGGACGAGGGAACCGACGUUGUAGACAUUCUUGCUGGCCGUAUCAUUCCACUGCGGUUGGGCUACGUACCAGUGGUCAACCGUGGUCAGAGAGAUAUCGAGAACAAGAAGGCCAUCUCUUAUGCGCUCGAGCACGAGAAGCAAUACUUUGAGAACCACAAGGCUUACCGCAACAAGGCGGCGUAUUGCGGUACCCCCUACCUGGCCCGUAAGCUGAACUUGAUUCUCAUGAUGCACAUCAAACAAACUCUCCCAGACAUCAAGGCCCGUAUCGCCUCAUCGCUCCAGAAAUACCAAGCAGAAUUAGCCUCGCUCGGCAACUCGAUGCUAGGCAACAGCUCCAACAUCGUCCUCAACAUGAUCACAGAAUUCACAAACGAAUACAGGGGGGUUCUCGAGGGCAACAACCAGGAGCUGUCUGCAGUUGAGCUGUCUGGAGGUGCCCGUAUCUCUUUCGUUUACCAUGAGCUGUAUGCCAAUGGUGUUAAAUCUGUUGAUCCUUUUGAUCAGGUCAAGGAUAUGGACAUCCGAACAGUUCUAUACAACUCUUCUGGUUCAUCGCCAGCAUUGUUUGUCGGUACUACUGCAUUCGAGCUUAUCGUCAAGCAACAGAUCAAGCGGUUGGAAGACCCCAGUUUGAAGUGUGUCAGCCUUGUCUACGACGAGUUGAUCCGUAUUCUUGGCCAAUUACUCAACAAGAACACUUUCCGGAGGUACCCAGGAUUGAAAGAAAAGUUGCACCAGGUCGUUGUCAGCUUCUUCAAGAAGGCCAUGGAACCGACGAACAAGCUUGUAAAGGAUCUGGUCGCCAUGGAAUCAGUAUACAUCAACACUGGUCACCCAGACUUCAUCAACGGUUCGCGUGCUAUGGCUAUUGUCCACGAGCGCCACAACAGUGCCCGGCCGCAGCAAGUGGAUCCCAAGACCGGAAAGCCGCUACCACCUACGGUACCGCCGCGGUCGAUAUCGCCAUCGCUUGAUCCCAACGACGGUGGUGGUUUCUUUGGCUCUUUCUUCGCUAGUAAGAACAAGAAGAAGAUGGCUGCCAUGGAGCCCCCACCACCAACACUGAAAGCCUCUGGUACUCUGUCCGAGAAAGAGUCACAAGAAGUUGAAGUCAUUAAACUAUUGAUCACUUCCUACUUCAACAUUGUUCGUCGCACAAUGAUUGACAUGGUGCCCAAGGCCAUUAUGUUGAACCUUGUACAAUGGACCAAGGAGAACAUGCAAGGUGAGCUGCUCACCAACAUGUACAAGACGGAUGAGCUUGAUGAGCUGCUCAAGGAGUCGGACUACACAGUCAAGAGGCGGAAGGAUUGCCAGCAAAUGGUGGAGAGCUUGACAAAGGCGCAAGAGAUUGUCAACCAAGUGCAGUAAAGGAACGGGCUUUUGGAAGGGUAUCGCUGCUCCUAGACUGUCUGUUCUCUGGGUUGGCACUCUUUUCAUGCAAGGUGUUCUGGGCGCUAGUGCGCUAGAUUUUUGUCUUGAGCCUGUUCAUGUUAUAGUUGACGUAUGAAAUGUGUACGCGA